AUCUCGUUAAACUUUAGCUGCGAAAAACACCUAACACCCCAUCCAAAUUUUCGCCAACUCUCGCCGGAGAUCUUCUCCUUCUCAGUCUCCGACGUACUACACCACCGGCCGGAAAUCCCAGCUGAGAAAUUCUCUAACCUUUUCUAUCUCCACAUCCAAAAGGGUUCAUCGUUAAUUUGUGUCUUAGUUUUCAUUUUUACCGGUAUCGGAGAUUGGUAGAAGUGGUGGUGGUAUGAUGGGAUUUUGUAUUUGUCCGUUGGAAACGCCGGCAAGGUUACUGUGGAGUACCAGCUUCUUCCGCCACAAGAUUAUGAUCUUUUAAUAAUAAUUAUUAUUAUUAUCUAUCUUAAACUCCCGACCCCACCACCAAUAUAUAUACAAAUAUAUAUAUAUAACAGAAAUAAAAUCAAAACCACGUAAAAUAUUCGUGCUUUGAGUUGCCGGAAUCUAAAGUUUGCCGGAGAUCUUACGCAGAAAUUCAUAAAGAAGAAGAAAUAAUAGGAAAAUGGAGGCCGGUCGUCUUUUCUUUGAUCCCACGUCCGGUUGCCACGCUGGCAACAUGUUGUUCCUCGGAAAUGGAGAUCCCGUUUUUCGAGGGCCAACAAGAUCAUCAAUGAUGAGCAUGGAUAUUAAUGAAAGCUCCAAAAAGAGACCUUUCUUUAGCUCACCCGAAGAUCUUUACGAUGACGAUUAUUACGAUGACCAGUUGCCGGAGAAGAAGCGCCGCCUCACUCCUGAGCAGGUGCAUCUGUUGGAGAAGAGCUUUGAGUCAGAGAACAAGCUGGAGCCUGAUCGGAAAAGCCAGCUGGCAAAGAAGUUAGGUCUGCAGCCGAGACAGGUGGCGGUGUGGUUCCAGAACCGCCGGGCACGGUGGAAGACAAAGCAACUGGAAAGGGAUUAUGAUCUUCUCAAAUCCUCUUAUGAUUCCCUUUCUGCUAAUUAUGACUCCAUUCUUAAACACAAUGAUAAUCUCAAAUCUCAGGUGGCUUCAUUGAUGGAGAAACUAAAAGGGAAGGAGGCGGCGGAGAUCGCCGGAGGAGGAGUUGGGGUGGAAAAUAAUAAGUUGGGAGAUGAAGAAGAGAUAAUGAUGAGUGUGAUGAAGGUUGAGGAUAGGGUGAGCACCGGUAGCGGUGGUGGUGGUGGCGGUGGUGGCAGUGGUAGCGGAAGUGGGGUGGUGGAUGAUCAUGACCAAAGUCCACACCUUCUCGACAGUGGCGACUCUUGCUACUUCCACCACACAACCACCACCACCACCACUACAACCACUCCUAAUUCUGAUCUCCAAUACUCAACACCACCAUGUAAUAAUACAAUGUCUAUGUCUUUGGCCACCGAUGAAGAAGAUGAGGCCACCCAUUAUGAUCACAAUCAUGAUCAUGAUCAACAUGGUGGCCCAACUUACUUUUCUGAUGAUGUCUUCCCUGAUCACCAACACAACAACCAGGUUGAUGAUGGUGAUCAGCCUUUGUUGGGCUGGUGGGUCUGGUCUUAAUAUAUAAUUACUACUACUACUAGUAAAUAUAAAUAUAAAUGUAUUUAUAUUUAUAUAUUAUUAUUAUUAUUAAUGUAGUAGUAGUAGUAGCUAGUACAUUUUGUUUUUUGUUUUUUCUUAAGAUGUUUAAUUAUUUUCAUGUGUCCUCUCUCUCUUAAUAAGUAAUUAUCUAUGUUAAUAAUAUCAACAUUGUUAUUAUUGGAUAACAUGUUACUUAGUAA